CUUCAGCGCCACCUAGGUUCGUGCGUACGGUUCGAAACAAGUUGUGCUUCAACUUGUCCAAUAUUUUCAGUCAUGCCUCGGGUGUAUAUUGGCAAACUUAGCUAUCAUGUUCGAGAGAAAGAUAUUCAAAGAUUUUUUAGUGGCUAUGGCAAAUUAUUAGAGAUCGACCUGAAAAAUGGGUACGGCUUUGUCGAGUUCGAGGACAUGCGAGAUGCUGAUGAUGCCGUGUAUGAGUUGAAUGGAAAGGAACUGUGUGGAGAGCGGGUCGUUAUCGAGCAUGCCCGUGGACCCAGGAGAGAUGGAUACGGCUAUGGGGGACGCAAAGGUGGAGGCUACAGCAGCUGGAAUCGCAACAGCAGGGAUAAGUACGGGCCACCUGUUCGCACUGAACAUCGCCUCAUUGUGGAGAACCUGUCCAGCAGGUGCAGCUGGCAGGACCUUAAGGAUUUUAUGAGGCAGGCGGGUGAAGUAACCUAUGCUGAUGCUCAUAAAGGACGGGCCAACGAAGGCGUCAUCGAAUUUCGGUCUCGUUCAGACAUGAAACGAGCUCUGGAAAAACUGGACGGCACUGAUAUUAAUGGAAGGAAGAUUCGUCUGGUGGAAGACAAAUCUCGCCGCAAGCGCUCGUAUUCCGGUAGCAGAUCCAGGUCUCGUAGCAGACGGCGCUCUCGCAGCCGAAGAAGUAGAAGCUCCUCCAGGUCCGGCUCGCGUUCUCGGUCACGCAGCAAAGGUCGAUCGCACUCCAGGUCGGAGGGGAAGUCGGAUUCUAGGUCAAAGAGGAAGUCCCGUUCUAAAUCAGCAGAGAAGUCUCGUUCCCACACCCGCAAAUCUCGCAGUCCCUCCAAGAACAAAAAGUCUCGCUCUCGCUCAGACACUCGCAAAUCUCGCUCCAAGAGCUCAUCCAAAGUCAAAGCUGCGCUCAAAUCCCGGAGUCCUUCCCAGGAGAAGUCGUCCAGUAAGAAGUCAAGAAGCCGAUCAAGGUCCUUUUCAGAGAGCAGAGGCGAGAAAUGUGCCUCAAAAUCCCCCCCGAGCAAGGGGGCAUCCAAGUCCCCUGCCAAGCGCUCCGCCUCCCGCUCUAGGUCUCCCUCUCGAUCCAGAUCAGCCUCCCAGGAUUGACGGGAAAAUGAUAGAUAGAUCCCAGGCCUGUCUGAGGUGUUUACAGAAGCAGAAAGUUUUUCAUUUUCUCACACAAAUUGGGAGGCUGUGAAAUCUAUAAAUCUAUCUUUUCUUGACAGUCUUUUUUUUUUUUUGGCUUAUAUUUUCUGUUAAAUUAAACAAUUAUUAGAUGAAAUAAACCUGUUGUAUCUGUUUGGGUAACAGUAUUUCUCUUGUUUUCAUGAAGUCUAAAUGUACAGUUUGUCUAAUAGCUGACAACAGCAGCAGAAGCUGCUUCAUAUUUUGAUUACAUAUGACUCCAUACACAACAAAGUAAAAGUCCAAACUAAAACCUUUGUUUCCAACUAACAGUGUGUUUUGUGAAAAUUAUUUUUUACCUUUUAAAAUCCCCAGUCAUUUUGAAGUAGUCAGCCUUCUUUAUUUGUAAUGUCAUAUUGGAAUAAAAUAACUUUAAAAA